AUGGUCCUCUGCCAGGCAGUCUUCUGCUGCCGCCGUUAUAUGCUCAGUCUCCUGGCUCAGAUUGAAGAUGGAGGCAAGGCAGCCUUGUCCCAGAAGAUGAGGACUGGUGACGAGCUGGUGAAUAUCAAUGGCACUCCAUUGUAUGGCUCCCGCCAAGAGGCCCUCAUCCUCAUCAAAGGCUCUUUCCGGAUCCUGAAGCUGAUUGUCAGGAGGAGAAACGCCCCUGUCAGUAGGCCGCACUCAUGGCAUGUGGCCAAGCUGCUGGAGGGAUGCCCUGAAGUGGCUACCACCAUGCAUUUCCCUUCUGAAGCCUUCAGCUUGUCCUGGCAUUCCGGCUGCAACACAAGUGACGUGUCUGUGCAGUGGUGUCCACUUUCCCGGCACUGCAGCACUGAGAAAAGCAGCUCCAUUGGCAGCAUGGAGAGCCUGGAACAACCAGGCCAAGCCACCUAUGAGGGCCACCUCUUGCCCAUUGACCAGAAUGUGUACCCCAACCAGCGUGACUCAGCCUACAGUUCCUUCUCUGCCAGCUCAAAUGCCUCUGACUGUGCUUCCCUCAGGCCAGAGGAGCCAGCCUCUGCAGACUGCAUCAUGCAAGGCCCAGGGCCAACUAAGGCCCCCAGUGGCCGGCCUAAUGUGGUUGAGACUUCAGGAGGUAGCCAGCGCGCCAAUGGGGGCCACCUGACUCCCAGCUCCGAGAUGUCAUCCUGCCCACAAGAGAGCCACCACUCAGGGCCUACCAAGGCCACCAGGGGCCCACCACAACCUCCAGUGAGACGAGACAGCCUUCAAGCCUCCAGAGCCCAACUCCUCAAUGGAGAGCAGCGUAGGACUUCUGAGCCUGUGGACUCAUUGCAGCAAGAGAAGCCAAACUUAGAGACUGUUCUGUCCCCAAGGAUCCCUAACAGGCUUUGCUGCCUCAGUGGGCAGGACCAAGUGACAAGUGAGGGCCAUCAGAACUGUGAGCUCAGCCAGUCUCCUGAUUCCAGCCAGGAGGACUCCAAGCAUCUAAUGCUAGAGGCUUCAACCAAAGGUAUUGGGAAAUAUGACAAAACUUCCAGCACAGAUUCCAGCUCACUCAACAAGGCUCCAGCCAAGCUAGUGAAGGCUUCUUCCUUUGGCAGCCCUUCACCCAUCACAGGACCAGGGCAUCGCCACAGUGCCCCAGAACAGCUGCUGGCAUCCCACUUGCAGCGCAUGCACCUUGAGACCAGAGAUGGCAAGAGAUUGGAACUCCCAGCUGGGCAGGAUGGACAUGAGUGGACUCUGUCCCCUCUGCAUAGUAGCCACCUGGGGAAGAAAAGCCCAUGUCUCUCUGCAAGAGGUGCCCAGGACCAGCCCAACAAAGAGAAAAAGGGCAGGCCAGUGGAUGAUAGGCCUUUGGGUUCAGGGCACCUGAGUCCAGGCAGCUCCCAACAUGGUAAAGCUGAUGGACACCCUCCAGAAAGAGGUUUUCUGGACCCAAACAGAGCAAGCCGAGCAGGCAGCGAAUUGGCCAACCAGCAACCCUCCACUUCUGGCUCCCUUGUUCAACAAACCAGAAACUGUUCUUCAAUCACCAAAGUAGCUGGUGGCACAGAAGCAACUGAAGAAGGGAAUGAUGAGCCCAAGGGGUACAGCCAGAUGGGUGGGAAGCGAAAUGGAGGGGCCCGGGGCCGCUCAAUCCAAAACCGGCGGAAGAGUGAGCGUUGUACCAAUCUGCGUAAUGAAAUUCAGAGGCGGAAGGCCCAGCUCCAGAAAAGCAAGAGUCCCUUGCUUUGUGAUACUAAGGAGCCAGUGGAAGAAACUGAGGAGCCACCAGAAAGUCCGCCACUUCCUGCCUCUAAUUCAUCUUUCCUAUCUUCUUAUAAAAAACCACCGAGCCCCAGAGACAAGGCCUUCAAUAAGAGUGUGAUGCUCAGGGCUAGGUCUUCAGAGUGCCUUAGUCAUACCCCUGAGAUCCAUGAACCUAGGACAGGCUUGGGGGGACGAAUAAGUCCUGCCCAGAGUCCUGGCCAGAUCUCUUUGGGCCUAAACUCCUGGUGGAAAGUCUCUGACCCAUCCUCCUCAGACUCUGAGAAAACAAAUGUUCACAGUGGAGCCCGGGGAGGUCACUGGAGAUGGUCUCCAGAGCACAACCUGCAGUCCCAUAUGGCAGUAGCCAUGGAAGGCCCUUCCAGCCCAGGAGGCAACAAGGAAUUGAAGGUUUCUACAGCCCAAGCUGGGGAGGAAGCCAUCCUCUUGCCCUUUGCAGACAGACGAAAGUUUUUUGAAGAGAGUAGCAAAUCCUUAUCUACGUCUCACUUGCCAGGUUUAACUACUCAUAGCACCAAGAGUUUUACCCAGAAACCGAAAGCCAUGGACCAAAACUUCCAGCCAAUGAGCUCCAGCUAUAGGGAAUUGAGGCGCCAUCCAUUGGAUCAAUUGUAUCAUUCUACGGACCAACCAUAUCAUGCCACAAGCCACUCAUACCAUUCCAUGUCACCCUCUCAGUCAGAAACUCCCAGUUAUUCAGAAUGUUUUGCGAGCAAAGGUCUAGAGAAACCCAUGUGUUGUAAGCCACUGCACUGUGGUGAUUUUGAUUACCACAGGAUCUGCUCCUAUUCCUGCAGUGUCCAGGGAGCCGUAGUCCAUGACCCUUGCAUUUAUUGUUCUGGGGAAAUCUGCCCUGCUUUGCGAAAGAGAAAUAUGAUGCCAAACUGCUACAACUGCCGGUGCCACCACCAUCAGUGUAUCCGGUGUUCAGCUUGUUAUCAUAAUCCUCAGCACAAUCCCCUCGAGGACAGCAGCUUGGCACCUGGCAACAGUUGGAAACCCAGGAAGCCAACAGUGCAGGAAUUUCCUGGGGACAAAUGGAAACCAAUAACAGGAAACAGGAAGACCAGCCAGUCAGGGAGGGAAAUGCCUCAUUCUAAGGCUAACUUUUCAUGGACAACCCCCUUCCAUCCUAGCCUUGAGAACCCGACGUUAGACUUGUCAAGUUACCGAGCAGUUUCUUCUCUUGACCUCCUCGGAGACUUCAAGCACUCCUUGAAACAAACAGAGGAAACUUCAGUUUAUGAGGAGGGGGGCUCCUUGGCCUCCAUACCCCGCCCCCUGCGCAGCAGAGCCUUCUCUGAGAGCCACAUCAGCCUGGAGCCCCAGAGCUCCCAGGCCUGGGGGCAGCAUCGGAGGGAGCUCUUUACCAAAGUUGAGGAGACCCAGCUGGAUACUCUGGGAGCCAGGAAGAAGGCCUUUCCUCCUCCUCGGCCUCCUCCUCCCAACUGGGAGAAGUACAGGCUCUUCCGGGCAGCCCAGCAGCAGCAGCAGCAGCAACAGCAGCAGCAGCAGCAACAGCAGCAGGAAGAGGAAGAAGAGGAAGAGGAGGAGGAGGAGGAAGAAGAAGGGGCAGAAGAGGAGGAGAUUGGGGAGGAGGAGCUGCCACCCCAGUAUUUCAGUUCAGAAACCACUGGCUCCUGCACCCUCAAUCCCGAGGAGGCCCUGGAGCAGCCGCAACCCCUGGGCUUUGGACACCCAGAGGCCUCAAGGCAGGGCUCACAAAGUCUCCCAGCAGAGCAAGAGUCCUUUGCUCUCCAUUCCAGUGAUUUUCUGCCCCCAAGAAGGGAAUACUUAGGAUCGGCACCUGAGAACACUCAGCCCCCUGGCUACUAUGGCGUUGGCAGGCUUUGGAGGACAUCAGAGCAAGAGGCCACCAAUUCCCCCACACAAGAGUUUCAGCAUGUCUCGCCUCCUCAGGGGGCCCCAGGGAUCCCUACCUCUCACUCAACUUAUUACAACAUUUCUGUGGCCAAGGCAGAGCUGCUAAACAAGUUGAAGGAUCAACCCGAGAUGGCAGAAAUUGGCCUGGGAGAGGAGGAGGUUGACCACGAACUGGAUCAAAAAAAGAUGCAGCUUAUUGAAAGUAUUGGCAGAAAGCUUUCUGUUCUGCGGGAGGCCCAGCGAGGGCUGCUGGAGGACAUCAGUGCCAAUUCUGCCCUUGGGAAGGAGGUGGAAGCCAACCUAAAAGCCGUCUGCAAAUCCAAUGAGUUUGAAAAAUACCGUUUGUUUAUCGGGGACCUGGACAAGGUGGUGAACCUGUUGCUGUCACUCUCUGGACGACUGGCCCGGGUGGAGAAUGCUCUCAACAGCAUUGAUUCGGAGGCCAGUCAGGAGAAGUUGGUGCUCCUAGAAAAGAAGCAGCAGCUGACAGGGCAGUUGGCCGAUGCCAAGGAGCUGAAGGAGCAUGUCGAUCAUCGGGAGAAGCUGGUAUUUGGCAUGGUCUCCCGCUACCUGCUUGAGGACCAGCGCCAAGAUUACCAGCACUUUGUGAAGAUGAAAUCUGCUCUCAUCAUUGAACAGCGAGAGCUGGAAGAAAAGAUCAAGCUUGGGGAAGAGCAGCUCAAAUGUCUCAGGGAGAGCCUACUCCUGGGGCCCAGCAAUUUCUAAUUCUACCAGCAUUCUGCCAUGUCAUCUCUGCCUAACCACAAUGGGAAGUGCUUUCAAUCUUCAUUAGCAGUCUGUUAGGAAGUAGAUAGUUGUUAGUUAGCUGUUUGCUCCAUACUCCCUACCCUGAAGGUGCUCACUGCUGCUACCUAGAAGUGCUCCCAGCCACCUCGGAGACCCAGGAGAAGCGCCAAGGUCUACUUUGAAGAGUAGAAGCAAGAAGUAGGAGCUGCAGCAAGGCAUGAUCAUGCAGCCACACUGUCUUCUCAUGGUUUGCACGGGCAAACACUCAGCACACACAGAACCAACAGAAUACCUUCAUUCUUCUUUGUGCUCAGACCCCAAAGAUGUCAUACAUUCACCACCCACCCACACCAUAAUCAGCUUCUCAAGUUCAUGGCCCAGCCAUUUUCCACAGAGAUCUGGCUCUCCUGAGGGCAUUCAUCUAUCACCAGUUCCUGGGUCUCACCUUUGUUCUGCAGUGGGAAACAGAGGAGUAAUUACACUUAACAGAAUGUGAACAAAAGUUGGGGAUCCCCAGGUGCCCUGCUGGAAGAAACUAGGCUUAAACAUUGCCUCCACCCCAACUUCCCCAGCAUUUGGUUGAGAAUGAAGAGGACUACUCUCAGCCCUACUCUGGCUAGUGUGACCCUUCCUCUGCUUCUAAGACUUUGGGCCUAGCACUUCCUAUUUCAUCUCACCUUUCCUUUGCCACCAGGGGUUACAGAUACUUACCUGUAAUCCACACCACAGGUCAUCAAUAACUCUACUAAAGCUGAUUUCUGGACUCGUGUUUCAUUAUGGGGUAGGGGGGGUAGGGAGUUUCUUAUUAUAUUUUAAAUGACCUUCUGAUUUUAUUUAUUUUUAUGUUUUGAUUAUUUCUUUAUGAACUAACAAGGCAAGAGGACGGUAAUUGGAGAGGGAAGUUGGGCCAGAAGUAAAGCAUUUUCUGCAGAUCAGCCUGACUCCACCGUGGCUGUGUGUGCAAGGCUUUGAAUUCUUCCCCUUACUAGCUGACAAGUGCCUGAGAAAGGAGCUCUCACCUUGAACUCAGUGCUUCCCUCCUGCAGCCUCACCCUUUACUUCCCUUGAAGUCAGGAUGACUUAGCAUUUCCCAGCAAUAGUCCAUUUUCCCCUGAAACCAAAGAAACAUAAAAGGGACAAAGGUUCACCCAUUUCUCUUCGGUCUCUGAGCCCAGGGUGGGUGGCGGUGAGCGCAGGAGGGGCUCCUCUGUCCACAAGUUGCUUCCCUCACCUGUGGCGGGGCUCAGAGAAUGAAAACUCAUGGGAGCUGUGAGCUUCAGCCCUGGCCAGCACCAGAGCAAAUUACAAUCCACCAGGAGCUGAAGCACACAACCAGUGCUGCUGUUGCCAAGGCCCUUACACCAGUAGCCUGUUUCUAUUCUGGAAUAGCCCUCAGGUGGGUGAUGGCAAAAAGGGAGUUGUAGCCAAACUUCACUGUUAACGAAACUACCCCUUGCUGCUGGGGCCCGUGCUUGAUGUUGUACAGUCCGGCUCAGGUAACCCUCUACUUGCUGCUGAGUUCAUCGGGCCUUUGGAGGUCAACUGCAGCAGCAGAAGGGCCUCAAUCAACCAAAGUAUUUGCCAAAGAACUUUGCUGCUGCUACAAAUACUGGCCCCUAGCUUCCGUUUCCUUUUCAUUGUAUUUGGAAACAAUGAAAGAAUCUUGGCCAGCAGGGUGUGCUGGGGUGGGAGAGUGGGGGGCCCUGGAUAGCCUCUUAGUGCGUUGCUGCUGUCAGAGUCGCUGUUAAAAUGUCAACUCUUCAAGUGAAGUUUUCUAUUCAGAAAGUUGAUGGCUUGUAAAGGGCUAGGCUUACCCAAGCCAAGGUUGAGAAAGGUGGUGGAGUACUUUGAAUAGAGACUGUGGUUGCCAUCUUUUUUUAUUUUUUGAUUAAAAAAUAAUAGGCUCUAGGAAAACAAUGAGCAAGUGAAGGUGUCCUGCAUUGGGGGCAUGAAGCUGAUAUAGUCCCCUCAUUCUAGGAUUUAUUUAUUUUCUUUUUUGGCUGAACAGCUUUUGGGGUAUAUAGGUGCAAGGAAAGAACGGUCACUUACCUGGACACCAUGAUAAUGGGUCUGGGUUCUUUUAAUUAGCAUUAGGCUGGUUGUACCUUAAUUUACUACACUGAAAGUACUAUUGACUGUUACUUUUGUCCUUCAUUCCACCGCAAAUUAUUCUAGAGUUGGAAUUAGAAUACAAGGAUGCUCAUUUUCUCACAGGGGACAGUUUCCAAAGCACUUACUAAAAUAAUCCUAAAACUAUAUUGAGAAGUAAAGCUUGGCAGACAAAGAUUAACUACUAAACAAGCACUGAUGCCCUGCACUGCUGAUGAGGCAGUCCCAUUGUGUGUGACAGUGCCACAAAGCUGCUGGUAUUAAUUAAGAUGUAGUCUCUACCCCACUCUCAUUUACUGGGCUCAAAGCUCCUCCAAAGCCUGCCAGAAGGCAGGCCAGGGGAUUUUCCCAAUGACUGUCAUUAGUCCUCACUUAUGCCUUCCCUCUUCAAAUACUCACACAAGCCCCAGUGGGUGAAAGGUAAGCAAAGUAGUUGCUAUAUAGAAAGGAAUUCGUGCAAGUUACUGUCAUGUGUUCCUUCCUGCCCCUCCCCAGGGUUCUGGGUGAUAAGAGUCUCCUUGAGUUCCAGCAGCUGCAGACUCAGCCAAUGGAUAGCAAGACAUAUUCAAGAAGAACUUGUGAGGAGAGAGAGAGAGAGAGAGAGAGAGAGAGAGAGAGAAAGAAUAAAGACCUACAAAGGGAGAAAGGAACAGAGAAGGUUAAAAAGUGAAGACCUCUUUCAAGGUGAGAUUCAGGAUCUGUUUUCGAUUUAACCUCGUGUGCCAAAAACCUGCCCAUGGAUGCCAGAGUCACAACCUGAACCCCAGUCUCCAUGAAGGUGCUGCUCUGCCAGUAGCAAGCCCCAGAUGGGGAAAACUGGAUACAUUUCUGGCCACUUCCUUUCACAUGGAGCUUGGUGACUCCCAUUGCCUUUGCCAAAGGAGUUGUCUAUGUCAACAAUAUUUCUGCAACAGUGCAUUGUAUUCUUUGAAGAUUAGUAGAUUUUUUUGGGGGGUGGGGCAGGGGGCAAUUUCUAUAGAUAAAGAACCAGUGUUUGUUGUACAACUGUUGGGGGUCAUCUAUACCAUGUGAAGCUAUUCUUUUUCUGAAUCUUAUUGUUUAUGAAUUUGUGUCCUCCACCACUCCCUUCUUGGUUGACAUUGAGAUGCCUGCCAGAUUUGUCAUCAAGGGUUGUACUUCAAUAAAAGGUGCUAAGGACAAAACAAUUUAUCUCACGUGUUUUGACUAAGGUGAUAGAAAUCCACUAAUGUUCUGCUAAAAAAGUGUUGGAAAGGAAUUUCUUGAUCACCUAUCCAAAGUACUUCAUAGAGAGCCAUAUGAACAGGGCCUUACCUACAUCCCUAAGUCCUUGCCCUGGCCCCUUGGGGAUAACAUGGAUGCUAUAUCAUUCAUUGUCACCAGUAAAAUAAUUUCUAAUUCGGGAAGAGUCAACAACAAAUCUAAUCUCAAGUAUAGACCUCAGUAGUAUACAGAGCCCAGUUUUGGAGUCUAGUCUGAUCAAAGAUGAGCCAUUUUCAAGACCUCCUCCCAGAUACCUAUUGUCUCCUACGUGAGAGUUUAAUCUUACACCUUUACUUUUAGCAACCUGAAAAGCAAGGUUCUGACCUAUCAGUAUUUCAAGAUAACCUCAAGUUUUAGACCCAAAUGCACUGUGGCAGCAACUCUAACUCUUUCACCCAAUGCAUACAUUGUUCAUAUCCCAACUGACCUCCUCCUAACCCAGAUCCAAUAUGGUAUAGUAAAAGGAGUCCAGCUUUGUCAUAAGAAUAAAUUGUUCAAAAUAUGGUUUUGCUAAUUAGUCUAUGAACUUGAGUUAUGUGCCCAACUUUUGAGUUCAUUUUUUUAUAAUAGGAACAAUGAUAUGUAUAUUGUAGGGUUGCUGUGGGUUAAGAAUAAUAAAUGAGGGACCUCCCCGGUG